AUGGAGCGGAAGACAAAGAAAUCCAACGUCCCCAACGGGGAAACGAGCGUCCCCAACGGGGAAACCAGCGUCCCCAACGGGGAAACCAGCGUCCCCAACGGGGAAACCAGCGUCCCCAACGGGGAAACCAGCGUCCCCAACGGGGAAACCAGCGUCCCCAACGGGGAAACCAGCGUCCCCAACGGGGAAACCAGCGUCCCCAACGGGGAAACCAGCGUCCCCAACGGGGAAACCAGCGUCCCCAACGGGGAAACCAGCGUCCCCAACGGGGAAACCAGCGUCCCCAACGGGGAAACCAGCGUCCCCAACGGGGAAACCAGCGCCCCCAACGGGGAAACCAGCGCCCCCAACGGGGAAACCAGCACCAACGCCCCCAACGGGGAAACCAACGCCCCCAACGGGGAAACCAACGCCCCCAACGGGGAAACCAACGCCCCCAACGGGGAAACCAACGCCCCCAACGGGGAAACCAACGCCCCCAACGGGGAAACCAACGCCCCCAACGGGGAAACCAACGCCCCCAACGGGGAAACCAACGCCCCCAACGGGGAAACCAACGCCCCCAACGGGGAAACCAACGCCCCCAACGGGGAAACCAACGCCCCCAACGGGGAAACCAACGCCCCCAACGGGGAAACCAACGCCCCCAACGGGGAAACCAACGCCCCCAACGGGGAAACCAACGCCCCCAACGGGGAAACCAACGCCCCCAACGGGGAAACCAACGCCCCCAACGGGGAAACCAACGCCCCCAACGGGGAAACCAACGCCCCCAACGGGGAAACCAACGCCCCCAACGGGGAAAACAACGCCCCCAACGGGGAAAACAACGCCCCCAACGGGGAAAACAACGCCCCCAACGGGGAAACCAACGCCCCCAACGGGGAAAACAACGCCCCCAACGGGGAAAACAACGCCCCCAACGGGGAAACCAACGCCCCCAACGGGGAAACCAACGCCCCCAACGGGGAAACCAACAAAUCCAGCGUCCCCAACGGGGAAACCAGCGUCCCCAACGGGGAAACCAGCGCCCCCAACGGGGAAACCAGCGCCCCCAACGGGGAAACCAGCGCCCCCAACGGGGAAACCAGCGCCCCCAACGGGGAAACCAGCGCUCCCAACGGGGAAACCAGCGCCCCCAACGGGGAAACCAGCGCCCCCAACGGGGAAACCAACGGUCUCAGUGAUGUUCUAAGGCCUUCCAUGACAUCUUCCACUGAUCUGUGCCCGCAACUAUUGUUGCUAUGA